AUGCAUACCUGGGGAUUCUCUGGUUUUCACCCGGAGCCUCCCAGGAGAAGCAUUGCUUUUAGGUGCAAUCUUACUAGCAGCGAUAUCCUUGCCUGUGAAGCCCUUUUUGUGCAAAGCAAUGAUGACAGCACGUGUUUCCUGGCAGACCCUGAAGCAUUGACAAUCCUAAGGGGGUGCCCAGGGACCCCAGGAAUUCCAGGCCAGAAAGGAGACGCAGGUCCACCAGGGGAAAAAGGACCUGCAGGCAGUCCAGGAGUGGCAGGGCCACCAGGACAAAAAGGAGAACGCGGUUUGCCAGGACUUGUAGGGGAAAAAGGAGAAAAGGGAGAUCCUGGAACCUCUCAAUCAGUAAAUGAUGCCAAAGAUUGUAAAGAGCUGUUGAAAAAGGGGUUAAUCAUGAGUGAUUGGUACACGAUAUCCCCAGAUGGCAAGCAGCCCCUGAAGGUGCUCUGCGACAUGCACACUGAUGGAGGAGGUUGGAUUGUUUUCCAGAGACGUUACGAUGGGUCAGUGGACUUCUUCCAAGGCUGGAAUUCCUAUAAGACAGGGUUUGGCAACCGGCUGAGCGAAUUUUGGUUGGGGAAUGAUAAUCUUCACAUGUUAACAUCUUCAGGAACAUGGGAGCUUCGUGUGGAUCUACAAGACUUUGAAAAUACAAACUACUUUGCCAAAUAUACAUCAUUUAAGGUUUUGGGAGAAUCGGAGAAAUACAAGUUGAUACUGGGAUCCUUCAAGGAGGGUAAUGCAGGAAACUCGCUAGGAUUUCACAACAACAUGAAGUUUUCUACCAAGGACCAGGACAAUGACCUAAGCGGUAACAACCUGGCGCAGUUGUACAAAGGAGCCUGGUGGUACAACACAGGACAAUCUUCAAACCUCAACGGCUUGUAUCUUCCAGGGAAGACAAGUUCUGAGGGAGUCAAUUGGUUUCAUGGCAAGAAGAGUUUUUACUCCUACAAAUAUUCUGAAAUAAAGAUCAGACCUGUGUAA